UGACAGUAUAAAGACACUCUGCGCAUGCGCGGCUCCUGCAGAAUAGUGCUCCCCCUAACAACAGACAAAGCUUUGACACUGUGGAUUUCAAAACUGAAGACGCUUUUUAAAUCAAGUAAAAAAGCGUCUGUCAGUCACUCCUUCAAUGGGUCCGGAUACGCUUUCCAGGUACAGAGAGUAGGCUGUGCGUGCAGACAUGUCGGGUCGCUCUGCUGCAGAGAUGGAUGACUCGCAGGAGCUGCCUGAGCUGCCGACAAAGAAGGCCAAACUUGAGCUAGAUGGUGGACUGAAGAAAGAGUCAAGUAAUUUAGGUGAUGAUGGGAGUCCGGCGGCUGUGUUGGGUUCGUCCGAGCAGGAAAGCUCUUACUCUGCCCUGUCUACAGCCCAGCUUGAUCCAGGUGAUCAGGAGCAUUCGGACGCAGACAGGAGGGCAGCACCUCAAGCAUGCGACGACUCCAUGAACUCGUAUGCACACUCUGACACGACGGCCACAUCUGAAUACGCCCAACAGGUUUAUCAAGGAAGCAACCCAGCGGUGACGUCCUACACCAGUCAGGUGGCUUUUCCUCCUCUGGCCCAGUCCACUGUGUACUCCGCCUUCCCCCAAACAGGCCAGACCUACGGCCUCCCGCCCUUUGGUGCUAUGUGGCCAGGCAUUAAAACAGAGACAGGGCUGCCUGAGGCACCCUCUGGUGGCCAGCCUGGGUUUCUCAGCUUCAGCGCCGCAUAUACCUCAACCCAGCCAGGCCAUCUGCACUACUCAUACCCCAGCCAAGGCUCAAGCUUCACGACAUCCAGCGUGUACUCCAGCAUCCCUUCAGCUACGGCUGCCACCACAACCUCCACCACAGUGGCCCACCAGGAAUUUAGCAGCUACAACUCUCUGGGACAGAGUCAGUUCUCGCAGUACUACACUCUGCCUCCCAGCUACGUGCCUGCAGGGCUGCCGAGCAGCGACGACCACGGCGCCGGCGUGGGAAUGGCCGGAUAUUCGGCCGUGAAGUCGGAGCAGGCGGCCUCAGCUGGGCUCCCUCCUAGAGAUGCGUCCCCACCAGAGAACCUCCCGGCAGGUGCUGCCCUGCCUACCAGUGUGGCUCUCCCUGCCGGAGCCAGAGAUCAGGACGAGGUCGGACGCAGGAACUCCGUCGGCAAAGCCAAAGGGAAGGGCAAGAAGUCCGAUAGCUCCCCACCUACAGAGACUGACCUGGAGCGUAUUUUUCUGUGGGAUCUGGAUGAGACCAUUAUUAUAUUCCACUCGCUGCUCACAGGCUCCUAUGCGCAGAAAUUUGGCAAGGACCCAGCGACGGUGUUGAACUUGGGCUUACAGAUGGAGGAGCUGAUCUUUGAGCUGGCAGACACUCACCUUUUCUUCAAUGACCUGGAGGAAUGUGAUCAGGUCCACGUUGAGGACGUUGCCUCUGAUGACAAUGGACAAGAACUGAGUACCUACAACUUCUUAGCGGACGGCUUUAAUGGUCCCAGCGGCGGAGGAGCAUCGGGCACCACCACAGGAGUCCAGGGAGGAGUGGAGUGGAUGAGGAAGCUGGCCUUUCGCUACCGCCGGCUAAAAGAGAUCUACAACAGCUAUAAAGGGAAUGUCGGAGGCCUCCUGAGUCCGAUGAAGAGGGAGCUGCUUUUACGGCUUCAGUCCGAGAUCGAGAACAUUACGGACGCGUGGCUCAGCACAGCGCUCAAGUCUCUGCUGCUCAUCCAGUCCAGGGGGAAGUGUAUGAACGUGUUGGUCACCACCACUCAGCUGGUUCCAGCUCUGGCAAAAGUGCUGCUCUACGGCCUGGGAGACGUCUUCCCCAUCGAGAACAUCUACAGUGCCACAAAAAUAGGAAAAGAGAGUUGCUUCGAGAGGAUCAUCUCUCGCUUUGGGAAGAAAGUUACGUACGUGGUGAUAGGCGACGGCCGAGAUGAGGAGUUUGCAGCGAAACAGCACAACAUGCCUUUCUGGCGGAUCUCUACCCACGGCGACCUCGUGUCCCUCCACCAAGCGCUGGAACUGGACUUCUUGUAAAAGAAGGCGACGUUGAAUGUCGCGCGCUAAACAUGAAAACGUAGUCGUCGUCGCCGUCAUCGUCGUCCUGUUGGUUUGUGGAGUGACACUGUGAGGGACGACACACACACACACACACACACACACACACACUCAUAUUAUAAAACCCCUUAUCUGCCCUCACUGACGACUAAAGACUCACUGUGUGAUGCGUGAUGGUAAUGUACUGAGGCGGACUUUGGGUGGGAGAAACAGACUGGAUGCAUCAUUCGGCUGAGGCUCCUCACGCCCAGCACUCCCUCCUCUACGGCAGCUAACCUCACCACGGCUGAAACUGGCACUGAUUUGGACACAGAAGGGAAGACAUCCAUAUUUUCCUCCUCUUUGCUCUCUAGUUUUUCUUUUCAAGCAUCAAAAACUCUGCAGUAAAACACAAAACAAUCCCUUUUUCUUUCAGGAUUUAAACAACCAAAGGGCCUUUUAUUGUUGUUGUUGUUGUUGUUGUAGCUUUUUCUUUAGGCUCUGUGUACGUGAAAGGAUAUCAAAGCUAAUAAGAAACCUCUUUCUGGAUUGUUUGCACUCAUUCAAAGACUUGAACGCAUCAUUGUGGCUUUUCCCUUCUUUCCAUCACGUUACUCGCAGUCAUCAUGUAUCAGAUAGUCCCUUUUUUGUUUGCCGCCCAUGUAGUCAUUCAACUAUUUUUACUAAGGUACUGGUUUAAAAAAAAAAAGGAACUCUAUCAUGACUUCCUGUUCUGAUCUGACCAAACCACAGCGUCAGUCAGCUCUCCUGACCCGACCUCUCCACUGUGUUGUAACAGCAGAAGUGUUCACUUAACGUACGUUAUGUGUGACCUGUGAGCAACCUUCUGACAAAACCUCAACCCGAACCUUACUGCAUGACUCAGUAACAUGAGAGUAGAGGAGAAGUGUGUUUCCUGCCCCGGUAGUCGUUUUGUAAAGCAACGCACAGGUGAGCCGUGUCCCCAGAUCUGUACUACAUACUGAUUCUGUACGGUAUGAACCACAUCAGACAGGAUCGGGUGCAGGUUUUUCCAUUUGAGAGUGAUUUAGUGCAGCAGAGAAGUUGAGCCAGAUCCAACUUUUUGGAAACUUUUGCAGCCCGAUGUCACACCUUCAAAUCUCCCCAGUCGGCCUUAAAAUGUCUCUGAAACUGAAACUAUCCAGGGGGAUUCACGUAAUAAAACUCUGAUACUAGUUUAUUUCAUGUACGCAGCUUCUAAAUCUGAGCCUGACUCACAAUUUAUGCUACAAAAUAGAGACGAGAAUAAGUUUCAUUUGGUUUUAAGAGAGGGCAAAGUGGUGGUUGAGUGACAUAGACGGUGAAUGAGAGUGAGGGAGCACCGGCAAUGAUAAAACAGGUUAAAUUAAGUUAUUUCCUGAUUGUUUCACCAUGGUUACGUUCAUCAAACCGCCAGACAACCCUGCAGUGAUUCGCUGCGGCGCCUGAUCCUGUCUGAAUGUAUCCUUAAUAUACAAAAAAUAAACAUUUAAUCACUUUAUACUGACAGAUUAUACAUCAAGUGAUUUUUAAUCUUUGAUUUAAAAGAUUUAAUACUUGAGCUGUAAUUGCUAGAGCAGUUUCACCACCCACCACCUGAUUUAAUCUAUUUUCCAGCUGUGAGCAGCUCCUUCAUUUCCUUUAGUGCGUUGCAUUGUGCUCAGAAAUUGGCUACAGUUUGAGUAUGCUUAAAAACCUGCUCGGAGUUAGUACGUGGUUAUGAUUUGAGACGUGCUGCUCGUACCUCCAGAUGUGGCGAGGGUUGUGAAAAGACUCAUACUUCUUUAAGCCCUUCACGUUAAAAACAGGGCGCCGCCGGCUGUUUUAACUCGAUGUGCUCAGCAUAGUUGAGGAUGAAAACUUGUUAAUUCACUUUUUCUUUUGCUGGUUUUAAGGGAAUUCAGUUAAAAUUUGCACUACGUUCAGAUGCAGAUAGCAGCUCAGGAUCUGAACUGGCUCUGGUUCACCUGCAGGAUCUGGCGUCCUGGUUUGUGCUGCUCUUACGUGGUGACGGGACGAUGGAUCGGGUGGGAGGGGGGUGGUCCAUUGUCUCUUAAUCCGUCCAUGCUCACACCUCUCAGCCUCUGACUCAGCUAAUACAUUGUCAGGAGGAUCACAGUUCACUUAAGAGGUUUCAUUUCAAAGUUUCCUUUUUUUUGUUUGCAGUGAAUCGCUUCACAGUUUGUAGCAUCUCGUCACAAAAUCCACCGACACUCGGACAAAGACGUUAAAUUUAAUUUAGCUGACAUUUACUAAAUUAACUUGAGCUGCAACUCAUGAUUUUUGUCAUUUGUGAUCAAUUUACAGAUUGUGUUUGCAGUGAGCUGCAACAAAUAGACAAUUCAUUGAUUUAAAAAAAUAUAUAUAUUUGUUGGUCGUCGCUUUGAGGUCUUUUUACAUGUUUUAAAGACUAAACAACAAAAUCGAAAGCCCAGAUUAAUCUCUGGUAAACAAUCAGCAGUCGCAGCCCUAAUUUCAUCUGUUAAAUGUAAUAAAAUAGUUCAAAUGUUCAUCAUAAUUUCCCAGAAACCUAAGUGACGUCUUGAAAUUGCUUGUUCUGUUCUUUCAAUCAUCCAAAAUCGUGAAUUUUAGGGAAUUUUUACACUCAAACGAUGACUCAGUUGUGGAAAUAGUUGCUCAAUAAUCGAUCGAUCAGCUGAUUGUUUCAGCUCCAAUUUAAAAACCAGGACAUCAUUUAUUGUGUCAGACGACUCCGACCACAGAAUCACUUCAUCAUAUCACCACAUGACAACCUUCAGACCCGUCUGAGGGCGUUUAUCGUAGGAGGAGGGGGGAGGAAAAAAACAAACAAACUAACAAAGGAUGACGACUGUGCAAUACAUAUCUGCUCUGCUCGUUAACUGUAUUUCAAAAAGGGACAUUUCAUUUGUCGACCAUGAGAGGAAGGCAAAAAAAAAAAAAAAGGGUGGGAUGUACUUCCCGCUGGU